GGCCAGAUGUUAUUCUUUGUCCUUUACAUAUAUUUACUUAUUUAAUACAAACAACAACCCUAUGGGCUGGGUACUAUUAUUAUUUUCAUUUUACAGAUGAGGAAACUGAGGUUCAGACAUAUAGGGCCUAGAAAUGUACAUAGAAGGCACUUAGUAAAUAAUUGUUGAAUCCUUAAAAUUUCUAAAGUGCUUUCAUAGUCAUUAUGUAACGUGAUGACCCUUCAAGUGGGGGUAUGAUUCUGAGGAAAUAGUAGCCCAGAGAGCUUAAGAGACUGAGGUUAGGAGGCUAGUCAGUGGCAGAGCGAGGAGCUACUUUGAUCGUGACCUUCUGAACCUGUUAGUGUCAUCAGUGGAUUUCUACAGAAGCACAUUCUAAAGGCCCGUGGCUGGGGAAACUCUGAGCCAGUGUCUGGUUUUAUAUUUACCCACAGGUUGGCCAUUUCCAGCGUUCUUCAUUGCUUUGCGUAGAUCCAAAUUUCUGUCUGGUAUCAAUUUCUUUCUGCCUGAAGGAUUUCCUUUAAAGAGUGUUGGCCUUUGUUCUGCCACACAGUUGUUACUUGGGAUCAAUGAGCUCAUUUUGAGGCCGCUUUUAAGCUUUUUCCAGAGUAGCCUGAGCCUAGGACCCUUUUAGAGACUCUGCCUGAUGUUUUAUGGAGUAUGAGUUCUUUCUACUCAGGCUGGUGGGAAUGCAGAUUAUCCCCAGCCCUGUGUGAACCCUAGGUCCACAUGCAGAGCAGACUCAGCCGACAAUGUGAGGGGACCCGUCUGUGGAUUUCCAGAGUGCUAGUUGCCUCAGCCUCCCUGGACUUUUAUCUCUUACUCCUCAUCUCAGUAAGACCCCUGAACUUGGCUUGGGUUUCCUCGUCCUGCCUGGAGUAAGUUGGGUCAGUAGUGGAGCUCACCUCAAGAAUUUCCCUCUUUCAGUUUCAUGUAUAUUGUCCAUUUUUCUUGUUAUUUGUAGUAGGAAGGUAGUUCCUGUAGUAGUUAAUCCUCCAUGGAUGGAAGUGGAAGUCCAUGUCUUGUUUGAAGUUCCAAACAUUAGCGUCCCAGGGGUAACUCUGUGUCACCUGUUUCUCAAGAACACAGACGUCACCCUCUGCUUCCUUUUACUUCCUCUCCUGGGUGCUCCAUAUUCAAGGGAAUGUGGAAAUUCCUGGUGAACUGAAUUGCUUUUUGAAGCAAGCAGAAUAUUUGCUCUUGCCUGUUGAAAAAGAGGUGAAAAGCCGUUCACCCCCUCUCCUCACUCACGUCUGUCUGCUCACAGAGCUGGAUAGAGUCUGUAACGUGGAGGGCUCAUGCCAGGGCUCAGUCCCUGGGAAGGAUCUGCGCAAGAACAAGGUGCACAUGUGUUUUGUUCAUCCUUGUGUCCCAAGACUGAACAGGGGAGUGGGGCACAUUAGGUCCGUGGAUGAACGAAUGAAUAAAAAUGUAUAAAUUACCACACACACGGAAUUGUGAAUUUGGGAUUCGUGUGUAUGUGUGCGGGGAGGGGGUGAUUCUUGAUUGCCUGUGAAUUGCACCAAUGAAGAAAAACCAGUUUGACAUGUAUGUGGGGGAUGUGUGUGUGUUCGUGUGUGUGUUUAGGUUGAUUACUGUGGGCGUCUCAGUCCUGGUUGCUUUUCCAGUAUGAGCAGGUAUGGUUGUUAACCAGCAUGCUUUUCCACAAAGGAGCUGGCUUUUCCCUUUUACGUGCCACCACCCAGUGAGGUGGGGCAGUGUUUAUAAGAGGAGCCAGGAACCAGGUUAGCAAGAGCAUUUGCCACAGCUUUGUUUACUGCUGAGGAAGAGGAGGGAGCCCUAAGGAAAACAGACCAUCCUGGUUGAUUAUUCUUGUGGAAUGCAAAGUGGUACCUGUAAGACUUUAGUCACUCCAAGAAAUAGAACAGAGUUCAGCCAUGGCCCCAAGGAAGAGAGGUGGACGGGGGAUUUCAUUCAUCUUUUGCUGUUUCCGAAAUAAUGAUCACCCAGAAAUCACAUAUCGGCUGCGAAACGAUAGCAACUUUGCGCUUCAGACCAUGGAGCCAGCAUUGCCCAUGCCCCCUGUGGAGGAGCUGGACGUCAUGUUCAGUGAGCUGGUGGAUGAACUUGACCUCACAGACAAACACAGGGAGGCCAUGUUUGCGCUUCCAGCUGAGAAAAAAUGGCAGAUAUAUUGUAGCAAGAAAAAGGACCAAGAAGAAAACAAGGGAGCAACAAGUUGGCCUGAAUUCUACAUCGAUCAGCUCAACUCCAUGGCUGCUAGAAAAUCUCUGCUGGCUUUGGAAAAGGAAGAGGAAGAGGAGAGAAGUAAAACUAUAGAGAGUUUGAAGACAGCACUGAGGACAAAACCAAUGAGGUUUGUAACCAGAUUCAUCGACUUGGAUGGCCUGUCAUGUAUUCUCAACUUUCUAAAGACCAUGGACUAUGAGACCUCAGAGUCUCGGAUACAUACCUCUCUCAUUGGAUGUAUAAAGGCGCUAAUGAACAACUCUCAAGGUCGGGCUCACGUCCUGGCUCAUUCUGAGAGUAUUAACGUAAUUGCUCAGAGUCUGAGCACAGAGAACAUUAAAACAAAGGUGGCCGUACUGGAAAUCUUGGGCGCCGUGUGCCUGGUUCCCGGGGGCCACAAGAAGGUUCUGCAGGCCAUGCUGCACUACCAGAAGUAUGCCAGUGAAAGGACCCGCUUUCAGACGUUAAUCAAUGAUUUGGAUAAAAGCACAGGGCGGUAUCGAGAUGAAGUGAGUCUCAAGACAGCUAUCAUGUCCUUCAUCAAUGCAGUGCUCAGCCAAGGCGCAGGAGUGGAAAGUUUGGACUUUAGACUUCAUCUUCGCUAUGAGUUUCUGAUGCUAGGAAUUCAACCUGUAAUAGAUAAAUUGAGGGAACAUGAGAAUUCAACCUUAGAUAGGCACUUAGAUUUUUUUGAAAUGCUCCGAAAUGAAGAUGAAUUAGAAUUUGCCAAAAGAUUUGAACUGGUGCAUAUAGACACAAAAAGUGCAACUCAGAUGUUUGAGCUGACCAGGAAGAGGCUGACCCAUAGUGAAGCUUACCCUCACUUCAUGUCCAUCCUGCACCACUGCCUCCAAAUGCCUUACAAGAGAAGUGGCAACACUGUUCAGUACUGGCUACUCCUGGAUAGAAUUAUACAGCAAAUAGUUAUCCAAAAUGACAAAGGACAGGACCCUGACUCCACACCUUUGGAAAACUUUAAUAUUAAGAAUGUCGUACGAAUGUUAGUUAAUGAAAAUGAAGUUAAGCAGUGGAAAGAACAAGCAGAAAAAAUGAGAAAAGAGCACAAUGAGUUACAACAGAAAUUGGAGAAGAAAGAGCGAGAAUGUGACGCCAAGACCCAAGAGAAGGAAGAGAUGAUGCAGACCCUAAAUAAAAUGAAAGAGAAACUUGAAAAGGAGACUACUGAGCACAAGCAAGUCAAGCAGCAGGUGGCGGAUCUCACGGCACAGCUCCACGAGCUCAGCAGGAGGGCUGUCUGUGCUUCAGUCCCUGGCGGACCCUCCCCUGGAGCCCCAGGGGGGCCCUUUCCUUCCUCUGUGCUGGGGUCUCUGCUUCCUCCCCCACCGCCCCCAGCUCUACCAGGUGGAACACUUCCUCCUCCACCCCCACCCCUCCCUCCGGGUGGCCCGCCUCCUCCCCCAGGACCUCCUCCCUUAGGGGGAGUCAUGCCACCUCCUGGCGCUCCUCUGGGUCUGGCACUUAAGAAGAAAAACAUUCCUCAGCCCACAAAUGCCCUGAAAUCCUUCAACUGGUCUAAGCUGCCUGAGAACAAACUGGAAGGAACAGUAUGGACUGAUAUUGAUGAUACAAAAGUCUUCAAAAUUCUAGAUCUUGAAGACCUGGAAAGAACUUUCUCAGCUUACCAAAGACAGCAGGAUUUCUUUGUGAACAGUAACUCCAAGCAGAAAGAAGCAGAUGCCAUUGAUGACACACUGAGUUCCAAACUGAAGGUCAAAGAGCUUUCGGUGAUUGAUGGUCGGAGAGCUCAGAACUGCAACAUCCUUCUAUCGAGGUUGAAAUUAUCCAAUGAUGAAAUCAAACGAGCAAUUCUAACAAUGGACGAGCAGGAAGAUCUGCCCAAGGACAUGUUGGAGCAGCUCUUGAAAUUUGUUCCUGAAAAGAGUGACAUUGACCUGUUGGAGGAACAUAAGCAUGAACUGGAUCGGAUGGCCAAGGCUGAUAGGUUCCUUUUUGAGAUGAGCCGAAUUAACCAUUAUCAGCAAAGACUGCAGUCGCUGUACUUCAAAAAGAAGUUUGCAGAGCGUGUGGCAGAAGUGAAACCGAAGGUAGAAGCGAUUCGUUCUGGCUCAGAAGAGGUGUUCAGGAGUGGUGCCCUGAAGCAGUUGCUAGAGGUGGUUUUGGCCUUUGGGAAUUACAUGAAUAAAGGCCAAAGAGGCAAUGCGUAUGGAUUCAAGAUAUCCAGCCUGAACAAGAUUGCUGACACAAAAUCCAGCAUUGACAAGAACAUUACACUUUUGCACUAUCUCAUAACUAUUGUGGAAAAUAAAUACCCCAAGGUUCUCAAUCUCCAUGAAGAACUGCGGGACAUUCCUCAAGCAGCAAAAGUAAACAUGACUGAGCUGGACAAAGAGAUAAAUACAUUGAGAAGUGGCCUGAAAGCAGUAGAGACGGAGCUGGAAUAUCAGAAGUCUCAGCCUCUGCAGCCUGGAGAUAAGUUUGUGUCUGUCGUCAGCCAGUUCAUCACAGUAGCCAGCUUCAGCUUCUCUGAUGUCGAAGAUCUUCUAGCAGAAGCUAAAGACCUGUUUACUAAAGCAGUGAAACACUUUGGGGAAGAGGCUGGCAAAAUACAGCCAGAUGAGUUCUUUGGCAUUUUUGAUCAGUUUCUUCAAGCUGUGUCAGAAGCCAAACAAGAGAACGAAAACAUGAGAAAGAAGAAGGAGGAGGAAGAGCGCCGAGCUCGCAUGGAAGCUCAGCUCAAAGAGCAACGUGAAAGGGAACGUAAAAUGAGGAAAGCAAAAGAGAACAGUGAAGAAGGCGGAGAGUUCGAUGACCUGGUUUCAGCUUUACGCUCAGGAGAAGUGUUCGACAAAGACCUUUCUAAACUGAAGCGGAAUCGCAAGCGCGUUACCAACCAGAUGACGGACAGCAGCCGAGAGAGACCAGUCACGAAACUUAAUUUCUAAUUUUCCUUGAAUACUUUUUUAGAAAGCUCAUUAGCAGCCCUUUGAAGUGACUAGAACUUUUCAUUACACUGCCUUGCAAUCCAAACAGUGGCAAUUUCUUCUUUCAUCUGUGAGAGAAUGUGUGAAUGUGUGUGUAUGUAAAUGUAUGUGUAUAUAUAUUAAAAAAAAUGUAUAUAGAAGUCUGAGUGUUGUCUGAAGACCUAUAUGUAUGGUUAAAAAAAAUCUAUGUUAAUGUAUGUGCUCAGAAACCCUUUGUGUAUGCAUUCAUAUUGAGUGUGGCUCAUUUUCUUCCCCUAAACACCACAACUGUUCAGAAGCACAAUACUAUCUCCUGAAAGAGAUGACAGAGACAUUCCCUAGAGUAAAAAGAAAAGCAAAAGCAAAAAAAAAAAGCUUGAGAAAUAUUUUAUAGUUUCCAAGCUUAGUAUACUUGGAAAUUAUUUUCAUUGGUAAAACUAGUGUUGGAAAAAUAUAGAUUUAAAAUGGUUUUUGAUAGUUGACAAUGUGAUGCUGGUGCAUUGCAUCAGUAUUUGGUCGGACCAGCUUCGAAUCUCUGACUUUGGUGUGGGGAUGCAGUCUGUAAAUGUUUAUUGAGAACAUCUUGCACACAAUCUGAAUUAUGUAGAAUGUCAGAAUUUUUUUUUUAUAUAUUUAAAACUUGGACAUCAAUUCUUUUCCCUAAUUUCAUCGAGUUCUCUGCCAAGCGCUCUUGAUGAUUUCUUUACAUUGCUUUUGGAAAGAACACUAUUUAUCUAAAUGCAAUCCAUGCUUUUGUUAAAGAACAAGAUUGCCAGAAUGUGCUUGUUGUCCUAACAACAUAGAUAUAUGAACUAAAAAUAAAAUUUCCCACCCAAGACCUAAAAGGAGGAAUUGUCUGAAGGGUUGAAAGUUAUUUAAAAAAAUUUUUUAUGGGGGUGCCUUUUUUUUUUUUUUGUAUUUUCUGUUUUGUAGGACAAGCUGCAUCUUCUGUAACUAUAGGUCUGGACUAAAGGACACUUAAUGAAUGCACAAAAUGUCAACAGCACUAACAGAGAUGCCAAGAUCUAUUUAUCUCUAAGUAUGUUUGAAGUGGUUUGCUGUUUAUAUGUUGUCAUUUUAAAUUGUGUGUCAGUAAAGCUACCUGUAAAAUUUCAGUCCAAAAGAUAAAGCUCUCAGGGAGAAAUGAAUAGAAACAAUGAACAUUAGAAAAUAAAAUAUAGAUGCUUACCAUUAACCUACCAACUCUUAAUAUCCUUAAGUUAUAUAUAAAGAGGACUGUUACUUUCUUUUUUUUUGGCUUUGCUUUAUUUAUUUGUAGUGGGGGAGGGGGGCUAAGGUUCUCUUUGCUUUCCAUCAAUCCUGUUGCGGUUGGGUUUCCUGUGGAGAGAGUAGUUUGUCCUGUUGCACUAGAACAUUAUUUACUCCCUAAAUUGAGUUUUUCAGUCAAUUAACAAAUAUUUAUUAAAGACCUACUGUGUGCCAGGCAUAGUAGGGCUACAGUGGUAAGCAAGACAGAGCCUCUGCCCCAAGGAGCUUAUGUUCUAACGGGGAUAGUAAGGGGUGGAUAGAAUACCAAUGUGUGCACUGUACAGGAAUCGAACUAUUUAAAAAUAAUUAUAAUGCUUAGCGCAGAUAGGUCUGCGCUAUGUGAAAGCUGUGAAAUAGUGCUCUAAGAGUUGUCAAGAGCUGUGGUUUUACAUUUUUUCCCCCUCAUUGCAAACUUAGUGACUUUCUACACAUUAUGUGGAAGUAAGUGACUCUAGCAAAUACAACGGUCAUAAAUACACAGCAGGGUUAUGCUGCCCCAACUCCUAGUCCCCAAGGUCUGCAAGUACACCGUGUUAAAGCUGCAGGUGGAGACUGUGCUCAAAAAAGGCAUGGAGGUGAGGAGGAGUGGGAUGUGCUGACGGAUUUGUCUAUUCCUUAACUAAAGUGCCUCUAUGUAUAUUCUUCUCUAUUUCUAGCAGGAGAAACUUGGUCUGGCUCAGUUUUGAGACUGUACUUUGAAAACGGCUUUGUCUUACAGUUUAAGGAGUGGACAGUAGAAGGAGAGUCACAUAAAGGAGCAAGCUUGUGUAGCGUGUCCCUCUUGCCCUUUUUAUCCUCAUUUUGAUGUGGCCAUCCUGGUAGGCCUCCUCUGCCAUUUCCAUUUUUGGUUUCUUUCCCCAAAAGCUGUGUGCAGGUAAUUCCAUGUGCCAUUGUUGGAAAAAACCUACUUUUUAGAUUGGUGCUGGUGUAAGUAGCCACUUUUCUCUCUCGGGUGUGUAUUUUAAAAGUUUUUUCUUUGUUUUUUUAAAUUAAUGCCAAAAAUAAAAAGCAUUAUAAUUUGUAAACUUAAUUAUAUGUCUUGUAUCUUAUUAGCUUAGUAGUUGGAACCGCUUAGUCUUUAGGUGCAAGACUGUUGUCAUAGUACCGAGAAAAAACUGUUGUGUGUUAUGAGACUGUACAUUUUUUUAAAUAGCAAUAUGCAAUAAAGAGAUGAAUUCAUUGGA